AUGGCGAAAACUGAAGCAUUCUCUGGAAACACGACAGAUUUUGGGGACUUCGUGAAGGAUGAAGAAGAAGAACUUGAUCUCGAAGAGCUUGUUGAGCUAUGGCAUAGGUACGAUACAGAGGAUAACCAAAAUGUCCUCUAUCCCAUUUACCUUGGGGAAAUGCUCAACGAGAGGUACCUGGUUGAACAUAAACUUGGCUUUGGUGGUGGCUUAACUGUCUGGAUGGCAUUUGACCUACAAGGCAAGAGAGAGGUGGCCCUCAAAGUCAUGGCCCUAGGGAACUGGAGCGUCAACGAAAUUCGAAUCCAGGAUAAGAUUAUCAAAACGGUACGGGAUACUUCUCAGACCGUGGCAAGUUUACAUGAAGCGGGGAUUAUACAUCGCGAAAAUUGCUAUGUAGAUUUGAACGCAAGGAACUGUAUGUGGGGAAUGGCUCCUAUCGACGCUCUUAGCAGAAGCGCUAAGUAUGAGUUACUCGGUCGGCCUUCAAAGCAGACAAUACCUUUUGUCAAUCUCUGGAAAAGGGGCGAGCUUGUGAGCCCUGUCAAAGUUCCUGAAGACCUUCGCACAGAAGAAUUCUAUCUCUGUGAUUUUGGUUUAGCAAAGAAAAUUGGCGACCUCACCACUCCACGCGGCUACCCACCUAUGCAUUACUGCUCUCCAGAUCGACUUCAUAAGCAAGAGCCAAGUUUUGCUUGCGAUAUGUGGAGUUACAUGGCUAUUUUCUCUAUGCUCUACCUUCUGUUUCCUCCGUUUCCCGCAUUUCUUGAAGGUGGAGUUGUGAGUGGGAUGGUUGAAUGCUUAGGCCCACUACCUGAGCAGUGGAAAGGUCUCUACACACACCCGGGCGGAUUUGAUUCAUGGUAUGAUCAGUCUCGAUCUCCGGAUCUAAACCAUGACCUUGCUGCGAAAAUUGCACAUUUUCGUCCCGAUGCUGACCUGGCCGAGCGGCAACAUGUGCAAUCUAUUAUGUCAAAGGUCUUUAUCUACGACCCAGAAAAACGGCCGACCGCAGUAGAACUCUUGCGGGAUCCUUCAUUCAGGGCCAUCAUGGACCGG